AUGGGCACAGCCCCCCUCCCUGUCUGCAGCAGUGAGCUAGAGGACAGGUCGGAGCUACUUGUUGAAAUCACAGCAACAGCGGGAUGUCGGUCUGUUCAGUCCAUCAGCACCCAGCUAAUUCUGGGUUUUUCUGGCAGAGAGCUGCCAGAGAACUGGACGGACACCAAGGAGACGUUGCUGGAGGGGAUGGUGUUCAACGUGAAGUACCUGGGUAUGACACUGGUGGGGCAGCCCAAAGGAGAGGAUAUGGCUUCAGCUGCCAUUCACAGAAUCGUCACCACGGCCAGAGCCAGUGCCAAGAAGUUUCGGAAAGUGACCCUGACCGUGUCACCGAAAGGCAUCGUCAUCACAGACACAGAGACGACAGACCUCAUCGAGAACGUCUCCAUAUACAGAAUCUCUUACUGCACAGCAGAUAAAACUCAGGACAAGGUCUUUGCGUACGUCUCUCAGUGUCAGUUCAAUGAGACACUGGAGUGCCACGCGUUCCUCUGCCAAAAGAGGAAGAUUGCUCAGGCUGUGACAUUAACAGUGGCCCAGGCCUUUAAAGUGGCUCUGGAUCUUUGGGAGAUUGCUCAGGAAGGCAAAAGCAAGAAGACCAGGGCCUGCUGCUCCUGUGCAUCAAGCAACACACCGACAGAGACAACAGACAGUCAGUGUGUUCCCGCAGCUGCCCACAAGCCUGUCGGGAUGGAGGAGAGACUCCGCUCUCGGCCUUUCUUCUCUGCCGCGCUCAGCUCGCUCUCACCUCGUAGUAACCCCACUCGAAGGCGACCGAUCAAACAUGACUCUUGGGAUGUGGAGGAUGGACUCGAUGAUGCGUUCUCAAGCAACAUGGAAGUAGAGAUGGACACGGACUGGCCGAGUCCCGCUCCGAACCCGUCUCUGACGAUGCAGCUCUGAGUCCCCAGGACGUCUCCUCCUCAUCUGUAGUUAAUCUGCAACAAUGAGUUUGUUCAAGAACUGCCCAAUUUACACUGCAAGAAAAUGAGACAGAAAUCAUAUCACAGUCCCUGAGAUAAAAACAAACAGCAUACAUCAACUGAACAGGCAGAAAAUAAACCCGCUCCCUGGUGCAUAACCAAAAUCAGAGAGGCUGUGUUUGAAAUUCAGAGGCUGCUGCAGAGGAGUCAGAACGAAGCCUGAUAUUAUAAACUGCUAUUUCUGUGAAUACCACUCAACACACACUGUACCAAUCAUUGUUGGUAUUCAAAAACUGCUACAUGAACGACAAAAGGCGAGAAAAGUGAAAUAUUUCGACAAAAAAAAUUCUCAGAAGAUUAUCUGACGGCCUUUCAUUGUAUCAAGUCUCCUCCUUUUUAUUUAAAAUGUGUAGAAACACUGUAGCACAUGGAUUCCACUUUUAAAUCCCUGAUGGAGAUUGCACAAAGAUUUACUUUACAUAAAAAACCUGUGCAUGUGUGUGCGUACGUGUGUGCGUGUGUGUCCAUCCCUCUCUGGUUUGUCUGAUGAGACUGGCAGCGGUUCCUCCUGCAGACCCUGAUGAGAUCCAGCAUCUGAAAACAUCAUCAGAAGUUGGUACGAAUGUUCUGUUGUGAUGCUGAGAGAAUUAUUAUUUGUCCUUGAGUGUGUUGAGCUGAUUGAAGCACUCCUGUUGACAAUGACACAGCAUGUGAUGUAGUAAUUAGACAUUCAGACGUGAAGACACGCUGUACCCAUGUGUCAUCUUCUUAUUGAUUGCAGCAUAAAUGCAUUGAAAUGAAAAUCCCCGUCCACACUGGUAAAUAAUGAAAUGUUCCUCACAGAGGCAGAAAGUUAAUGUUGACAGAGUCGUACAUAAAGUUUUUUUGGGCCAGAAACUCCUGAGCACAAGCAACUUAAACAGCAUGAAUAAAUUAUCCAAUGACAAAAUUUAUCAGGCUCCAAAAAUCCCAGAUCCUACAUUUCCCAUAAUCCUUAUUUUUGUAAAAUUGUGGUCUCCAAGUUCAAGUGGUGAUAACAUCACUAUGACAUCACUAUGACAUCAUCAGGGUUAUAUCGUUAAACUUUGUCCGGAGCCACAACUGAAAUCAUACGCAAGAUUUCCCAGGAGGCGUCAGGCUCAUAGACUGUAAAUGAAGAUGGACGGCAUGACAGCUCCCCAAAAGUGACGCCAAAGCAUUUCCAUCGCCCCCUGGUGGCUGGCUGUAAACUUUCCUGUUGUAGAUAAAUGAGUGAUCAGGAUUAUUAAUCCACUGACAAUCUCUUGGUUUGUUCACUUUGUCAACAGGGUUGUAAUAUAAAGCAAACUCAUAUUCAUCACUAAACACAGCAGCAGAAACAUUGUCUCGCCUUCAGUUUAGCUGCCACAGCCUGUAAAGCUGCGAUGAUGACGACAGGUUGUAAAGACCACAGUAUGACAAGGCCAGACAUUUCAAAUAAAGAAACCUAUUUCCGUAUGCUGUAUUUUCUCAAUGUCGGAGCUGUGUAACAUAUGUAUGCAUAUUGUAUGUAUUGUAAAAGAAGUAGGAUUUCACACAGGUUGUUGUUUUUAAUGAUAAUUACCACUUGUUGAUAUGUGAAUGUCUACACGCUUGUAUGUUUUGAUUUAGGUUAGACAAUUUAUACAAAUCUAAUUGUAUGUGCUUUUUAUUGCUGCAGGAAUUUCUUUUAUUUUUUCAAACUAGCCAUUAAUAACUCCUGAAUUGGUAAGUAGAUGCUGUUCACGUUUUUCCUCUGCGCCGUCGUCCCGAUUCUUAUUACAGACAGAUUGCUGCUGUGCUUUGACUUUUGAAAAUUAUUUUUAUCCACCACUUAGACGACGCUCUCUAUGAAGAGCUCCCUCUCUCUGUAUUCAUCGGAUCAUGACUGAGAAUAAUUGUGACGGCGGGAGACAGUGGGGACUCGGUGUUGCUGUCAUGACACCCGCUGCAGAAUAAGUGGAUGGCUUAUCAGGUUAUGCCAUGAAACUUAAUUGCAUUGUUUCGUUCCUGGCUGGCUGAAACGCCAACUUUUUUUAAAGAAAUCCUGCCCCGUAUUGUUCGGGUAUCAUAAAUAGCUCCUGGCAUGUCUAUGGUUGAUCUAUUGAGCCAAGUAUGCAUUUCAGUAUUGACUUCAUCUGUCUCUCCAACAUCUUUCUUCUGAGUAGAAAUUAUGUUUUGCAAUAUUUCCUCAUCCUUUCAGCUUUGUCAUUGACUGACUGAUUGAUUCAUGUGCGGAUGCUUCACUGAUUCAAGGCUCUUGGAGAUGGGCUGUUGUCCAGAAGCUCUCACACUCAUUGGUUUUCGAUAAUGACAACCAACAAACUGAACUGGACAAUACGGCAAAAUGAUCUAUAAGUUGCACUUUCAUAUAUUACACUUACAGUAGAGCACAUACCUCCACCAAGUCUGCUUAAAUUCAAUCAAGCUGCUCCAAAUUGUACAAACUCAUAGACAUAUGCCUGAUUUUUGGCAUCAAGAUUUAUUCCCUGGGUAAAUGGUGAAAACCGCGUGGGAAAUAAUUCGGUUUUGCAGCCUUCAUCACUGUUUAUUUAACCGCACGGAUAAAACUUUUGUUCCAUGUAGCCAGUAUCAUGAUGAGCGGCAAAUUGUACACACUCAUGGAUAUCAGUUCCAUAAAUGUGCCAAUUAUUUUUACAUCAAAAUCUAUUGAAAACAUGAAAAUGCAAAUUAAAAAAAUCUGUCCCCUGAUCCGGAUCCACACUAAAAUUAAAUGGGUUCCUCCAUUGGUCAAGCCCCACCCCUCCACUAAAAUUUCAAAUCAGUUGUGUUGUGGAAAUGCUUUGAGUAGUUUUUGUGUAAUGUUGCUUAGAAACCAACCAACAAACAAAGGAGCAGACAGAGAUCCUUGGUGGAGGUACUAAUUAGAUUUUGCUGCCUGCACCACUUUUUAUCCUUAUUGAGAAUCGAACACGCGCCUUGUACACAUGAUUUAAUGGCACAGAUCAAGCUUCUAAUACUUCUAAUACUUGCUCCAUGUAGCCAGUACCAUGACGAUCUUUAGCUGAGAGCUUCCUGUGAGGGAGGAGGGGCACAGACCUGCACGUAGAGGUGUAAAAUGCCAGUUUGAGUCCAGAGUCCACUGGAUACAAAUCACCCCGUGAGGGUCUGAGACACUGAAAUCAUUUGAGGCUGGUAAAAACAAACAUGUUGAGUAGAGAAACUUCAUAUAAGCUAUUAUCAACCCAAGUUAACCACUGACGUUUACAGUAUCGGUUUACGUUUCGAAGAAGGUGCUUAUUUUCUAUCUAUGCAAUUAGUGGGUUUCCAACCGUGUUGUAAUACUAUGAUAGCAAUUUGUGAAUAAACCACAAGCAGUUGUCCUGAACUGUGUAAAGAUUUGUACAGCAUUUGGAAACUGUUCUGGUUUGUUACAUAUUUAUGCAUAAUAAACAACUUUUUACAAACAA